AUGAAUAAUAAAAAUUUCCCAAGGAGGAUAAAUGAAUAUCAAGAAAGCGAAAAAUUGAUUAAUAAUAUUGAAAAGUUAAAUGAAAGUAUAAAUGGGUUAAAAGAAGCUUUCGAUAGUAAAAAUAAUGAGGACAAGGUAAUUGAAGGAAUUAAAAAUUUAGGAAACCGGUUAGAAUUUAAAAUAACUUCGUUAGGACAAGAAACCGAAGCUUGCAAAACUUUAAAAACCCAAUUGAAAGAAACUCAACUUCAAUUAGAAACAACUCGUAAUCAUUUAACCAAAGAAGCAGAUAAUCAUCGUGAAACAAAAGAGCGAUUAGCAACUACGCAAUGUAAUUUAGAAGAAACUAAUUUUAAAUUAGAAACUAUUUAUAAUCAUUUAACCAAAGAAGCAGAUAAUCAUCGUGAAACCAAAGAACAAUUAGAAAUCAUUCGUAAUAAUUUAACUGAAGAAGCAGAACUUGCUAAUAAUGAUCGGGAAGAGACUAAACGUCAAUUAGAAACCAUUCGUAAAAAUUUUAUCGAAGAGCAAUUAGCGACUACGAAGAGUAAUUUAGAUAAUGCACAUAAAGAUCGGGAGGAAACUAAACGCCAAUUAGAAACCAUUCGUAAUAAUUUAUCUGAAGAAGUAGUUCGUCAUAUUGAAAUCGGAGAGCAAUUGGAACAUUUGAAUGAAAUAGAUCUUGCUAAUAAAGAUCAUGAAGAAACUAAACGUCAUUUAACUGAAGAAACAGGUAAACAUCUUGAAACUAAAAAGCAAUUAACUAUUUUGCAGGCUAAAUUAGAUCGUGUCAAUAUCGUACAAGAAGUAUUGAAUCUAUUAAAGAAUGGGAAAAGUAAAUACGGAUCCUCGGCUACUAGAGUAAUAGACGAGACGAUUAAAGUAUGGGAUGACUCAGAAAUUUCUAUUUCUGAAAAAAUUAUUAGAGCAGAAUCUUUUAAAAAUAGUCUUUAUUUAGCUGAUUGGCAAAAGAUCGAACCUUUAUUAUUACAACUCAAAAGUAUUGAUGUAUGUGGGACGGAUUAA